GUCUCACUGACGGUGGGAAAGGUCGACGCAGGAGUCGCUGUGCUUCUGACAGAGGACAAACGUCUGAUUGAAUUUCCCUCCAUUCUUCUCCCUCCCCAUAUUACCUCCGGCUCUAUCGUCGACAUUACUGUCGCACGGAAUUUUGAUGCUGAAACUGCUUCCCGCGAAGCUUUCACACGUCUCCAAAAGGACAUCUACACUAAUUUCGGACAACAAUCGCCCGCAACACCAGUUCUACGUUGUCGCAACGCAACGCAGACAUCUGUUGUUCUAGAAUGGGAUCCUCUUUUCCUUGCCUCAGCGGAUCUACAUAGUCUGAGCCUCUACCGAAAUGGCAGCAAAGCAGGCAAUAUCCCGCGGCCACUUGAAAUACAGUCGACCAAGAUCAGCGGUUUGGCCGUGGAUACACCGUACACAUUCCAUUUGGUGCUUAAGACUAGCGCGGGCACAUAUUCGAGUCAAAAGCUCUCUGUCAAGACUCACAAGAUGACUGACCUCUCUGGUAUCACUGUCACCCCAGGCAUCCUUCCUCCGCCACUCAAGGAUAGCCUUCAAGCAGCAGUGGAACGCAUUGGCGCUAAGAUGAUCGAUACCGUCAGAAUAGACACGACCCAUUUCGUCUGUACGGAGGGUAGAGGACAGCCUUGGGAACGUGCGACGGAGAUGAAUAUCCCAGUCGUGAGACCGGAGUGGGUUGAAGGAUGCGAACGUGAGGGCAGAGUCGUCGGUGUUAGGGGAUACUAUCUC